UUUCGAACGCAUCAGUCCGAUCUGUCCGCUCGCGCCGUCAUGCCGGCCCGAGAACACAGCACUGGUUCUACGUCGUCUUCCGGUCCGCAACCAUCUUCUGUAGCAGUUCGCGAAUAACGCUCUAUACGACGUAAAACCCUAAAUUCUCCGACCAAAUCAUUACUGUAAUUAGUGUCCGAGGAAUCACGUGGUUCUCUUCAAACAAAAGUUACAUUUUUUUUUUCUUUCCACUGAACUCAAAAAAAAAAAAGAUAUAAUCAUAUUUUUUUUCAAAUUAAUUUAUACGUAACCAAAAACAUAAUACCGUAUAGGGAUUAUAUUUAAUUUUCACAUCAUUAAUAAAUGGCUGGAGAGUUUUCACUUUGACACCGGUCAUUCGUAAGAUUCGCACUAUGUUCGCCAUGUCACCGAGAUGCAACCGUCUAAGGUGUCUGUUAGUGUUUUUGCCCGCCUUGGCAGUGAUGAUGCUGUUGGCCGACCGAUGUCUCGGAUCUGACAACAACAACAACAACAACAACGACGACGUCAACAACAACAACGGCACGGCAACGUCGACCGUCAUGUCUGCUUCCGAGCUGUCGUCGGCGUCGUGGGCCGCUGCGGCCACUGACGAUUACUCGACGCAAUCUCCACUGACGAACGGCGGCAACGACACGGCCUCCGGCGGACAGACGGUGGUCGGAAAGCCCAGCAAGUUCGACGAACACGUGGAGGACUGGCAAUACGUGGACGACCCGCUGAAGAACGUGACGACUACCACCGCCGUCGCACCGGCACCGAUUUCCGGUAACUCGACGGCCGCGUGCAAGAUGUGCUCGACGGACAAGGCCAAGACCCGGCGGAACAAGCGCAACCACGACGUCCGGUUGCUCAAGAUGGCCGUCAUGUCGUCGCGACACCGAGACCUGUACGCCCAGUUGUUGGCUUCGGUGGCGGCCAAACAGUCGUACCGACGCAAGCGGUUCCGCCGCGCGCUGGCCACGUCGCCGGCCGAGUCGUCCACGUACAAGCAACUGUUCCGGUACAAGCGGUACCGACGGUCGGUCGAGGACGCGGUGGACGACGCGGCGGCCGCAGACGCUGCGAACACGGCGGCCGAAGACACCGCCGCCGCCGUGGACUACUCGGUGGCGCGUUCGUCGGCGUCCAAACAGCUGUACCGGCGCAAGCGGUUCCGGCGUUCCGCGGUGGCCGCGUACCCGAACGGCAUGAUCCGGCCGUACCACUAUACCGGCAACAACCACUACCGGUACCAGCAGCCGCAGCACGGGCCGUCGCUGGCCGCCGACCUGCAGCUGCAGCAAAACCGCCGGCGGCGUUACCGGUACGCCGCGGACCCGUACCACCACAAGCGGAACGGCGCGGCGGCCACAGCCUGGGACCGUUCCGCCGAGUUCCGGCGCCGGUACCUCCGGUUCCCGCCCACGCACGAGGCGCCGCCGCCCGCGUACAACAACAUCUUGAACGGCAACCCGUGGUCGCCGGCCGCCGUGCUGCCCGGCCACCAGCUGUCGCCGCAGCAACAACAGCAGCCGUUCAGCUACCUGCCGCAGUACCCGAUCCAACCGCAGCAGCCGCCGCCGGCCAUGGGGCCUAGGAGUCCCCGACUCGUGUUCCGGGACCCCGUGGACCAGGGAACGCUGCAGGCGCCGUUCGGUGGUGGACCCAACGGACUCCAAGACCUUUUGGUUUCGCAGCCCGACGACGUCAAAGAUGAAUGGACCGACUUGGAAGUAGACAGCAAGCGCAAUAGUUUGUGCAAUACAGGAAGCUGUGAAUUUUUGUUAACUUGCUGGAUGGCAUCCGGUUACAUUGAGAGCACCUGUGGUGGCUUCCUGUACGUUUGUUGCGACCGAAAUUCCGCCAAAACGAACGAAAAUAUUGCUAUCAAUACUAACAGAGCGUCGGUGCCGGUCGACUAUGGCCCAGUGACUAACGACCCCAGUUGUGGUGUUUCGGUGGCCAAGCAACAAGGAGCGCAAAGAAGAAUUGUCGGAGGCGACGAAGCCGGGUUCGGCAGCUUUCCAUGGCAGGCUUAUAUUCGCAUCGGAUCCAGUCGGUGCGGUGGUUCGUUAGUGAACAGGUAUCACGUAGUAACAGCCGGACAUUGUGUUGCCAGGGCGUCGGCGCGACAGGUGCAGGUGACGCUCGGCGAUUAUGUCAUCAACUCGGCGGUGGAACCGUUGCCGGCGUACACGUUCGGAGUCCGCAAGAUCAGCGUACAUCCGUUCUUCAAGUUCACGCCGCAAGCCGAUCGGUUCGACGUGGCUGUGCUUAGGCUGGACAGACCGGUACAGUACAUGCCGCACAUAGCACCCAUCUGCUUGCCGGACAAGGGCGAAGACUUUUUGGGCCACUACGGAUGGGCCGCCGGAUGGGGAGCUCUGCAAGCCGGUUCUAGACUGAGGCCGAAGACGCUGCAGGCUGUCGACGUUCCGAUCAUCGACAACAGACAGUGCGAGAGGUGGCACAAGUCCAACGGCAUAAACGUUAUAAUUUACGACGAGAUGAUGUGCGCCGGUUACCGGGAAGGAUCGAAGGAUUCGUGCCAAGGUGAUUCGGGUGGACCACUGAUGUUAGAGAAGACGGGCAGAUGGUACUUGAUCGGGAUCGUGUCGGCAGGUUACUCGUGUGCGCAGCGCGGGCAACCCGGCAUAUAUCACAGGGUGGCGUUGACAGUCGACUGGAUUUCCUAUAUAAUCAAUUCGUCGCAACAAUAGUGAUUUAGCAAUUUACUAUGUUUACCAUACCUACACCGUGUGCUGUGCGCAAGUCUCCGACGGACCGAUGAAGACAUUGUAUAUAAUAAUAUUUUAAUAUUAUAUACGGUGCAGUGUACCGAUUUUCCGAUAUCCAAACUAUUCAUAUUUAUAACGUUAAUAAUUUAUAAUACAUAAAGCAUGAUAUAUAAACACAUUGUGUGCGACGUACGCGUUUAGGUGCGUUCGUAUAUAAUAUAAUAAUAUAUUAUAUAUAUUAUGCAUAUCAUAUUAUUUUAUUUUAUUUUACACUAUUUAUAGAUAUUUAAGUUAUUUUAUUUUAUUGGUAUAUUUUUAAUAAUGAACCGUCGUACUCGCCUGUACGCGAUGCGCGUAAUAUACCAGCUUGUCGCGGUGAUAUAUUUUUAUUUUUUUUUUUUUUUAAAUUAUUUUAAUAUUUUUAUUAUUAUUAUUAUCAUUAUUAUUAUUGGCUGCAAUGGUACAAUCGUUAGCGACCAAAUCUUGCAUUUGAUCACUUACAAAGCACUACGCCACCCUCAACUGAGACCACCGCGCAUCGCCACCGUACAGGUCUCGAUGAAUUAUUAUUAUUAUUAUAAUAUUGUAUAUAUAUAAAAACGUGUACAGUAAUGAAGAAUUUUAUGUGUAUAAACUCACAAUGUGGCUGUAAUAUUAGUGUAAUUAAUUUAAUAACAAUAAUAGAAAUAUAAGAAAACACAAAAACCAAAAA